AUGCAUCAGAAACAAAAUACAGUCAGAAAACUCGAAGAAACCGCGAAAUGCGAUAUGGAGACGAAUCAUGACAAAGAAACACGAGAGAAACAGCUCGAUGAUACGGAUCGUAAGCUUCAGGCAGAAACGGAAGAGUUAAUUCAGAUCCGAGAAGAACUGUAUAAAGCUAAAGAAACCGCUACGCAAUCAUGGCUAGAUUCGAAGCCUCUAAUCGACGAGCUUGAAAGACUACAAGCGGAUCUUGCAAAUGCUAAAAACAGAAUUUCAAUGUAUAAUAUCAUAAUCCCGGAGCUUGAAUUACAGCUUCAUGCUACAAAUGUUGAAAUUAAAUUGGAACUGGAGAAAGAAUCCAAGUCAAAGGAAAUAAUCGACCAACUAAAUCGAGCUGUGGAGGAUGUGUUCAAAGAAACAGAAGCGAUCAAGCAAGAUUCUGACGAAGAACGAAGACAAAAAACAAAACUGAAACAAAUCCUGAGGGUAAAAAAACAGAACCUGAGAACAUUGCAGCUUACGCUUCGCGCUGUCAGGAUCGAAUCAGAAGCUCUCAAAGAAUCAGAAGCGGAUAUAAUUGAACAAAUCAAGAACUCAGAAACAGAUGAUUCUGUUAUCCGAAUAAGUCAAGGAGAUUAUUAUGCAUUAAAAAGAAAAGCAAAAGACGAAACAGCACUUGCAGAAUGGAGAAUUUCCGCGUCGAGCAACGAGAAAUUCGCAGCCGUGGAAAGCAAAAAUUUCGCGUUAUCGAGAUUAAAAGAGAUCAAGAGAAAAACAAUUAAGGAUCAGGAAAAUACAAAUGAAGAUGUAGAAGAACAAAAACAAUCUCCGGAAGUACCGGCGAACGGCGGCAUUGAUUUUUUUCCUAAAGCUCGAGCAAAAGCAUUUGCUAGUAAAUCAAACUUGAAGAAGGUACAACGAAGAACAGCAAGUAAGAGCAGGAAGAAAAAGAAACGAUCCAUUUUUAAUCUAAUUAGUAAUUUCUUUGAAAGUAUUGCAAGAUUUUUCCGUUAA